AUGAUUUAUCUCCAAAAUGUUCGAAAAUCAAACAUUUGUGUCUGGCAAAAAGUUUAUCGAUUUGUGAGUUUUUUUUUGGAUUUUGAGAAAAAAAAUUAAAUUUUUAGAAAAAAUUAAUUUUUUAGAAUUUUUUUAAAAUUCUCAAAAUUAUCAACAAAUUUUGAAACAGUGAAUUUUUUCAAGCUGAAAUUCCUGAAAUUUUGAAAAUGUGGAAAAAUUUUAAUGAAAUUUUUGAAACAGUCAGAUUUUUUCCCGUUCAAAAAAUUAUUGUACAAAUUUUGAAACAGUGAAUUUUUUUUUAUAAAAUAUUUUUUUUCUCUUUUUUUUUAACUACAUGUUUUGAAAAAGGUAAGAAAAUCGAAAUAAAAUAAAUUUUCAGAAAUUAUCAACAAAUUUUGAAACAGUGAAUUUUUUCAAACUGAAAUUCCUGAUUUUUGAAACUCAAUUUUUUCUUUUCAAAAAAAAAAAAUCAAAUUUUGAAAAUGUGGAAAAAUUUUUCAUGAAAUUUUUGAAACAGUCAGAUUUUUCUGGUUCAAAAAACUUUUGUACAAAAUUUGAAACAGUGAAUUUUUUUUUAUAAAAUAUUUUUUUUUCUCUAUUUUUUGCAAUUUUUUUUAACUGCUGAAAAUGAGCCAGGAAAUCGAAAUAAAAAAAUUCUCAAAAUUAUCAAGAAAUUUUGAAACAGUGAAUUUUUUCAAGCUAAAAUUCCUGAUUUUCGAAAAGAAGCAUCAAAUUUUAAAAAUGUGGAAAAAUUUUCAUAAAAUUUUUGAAACAGUCAAAUUUUUCUGGUUCAAAAAAUUAUUGUACAAAUUUUGAAACAGUGAAUUUUUUUCAAAUAAAAUAUUUAGUUUUCUCUAUUUUUCCCCAAAAUUUGAUCCCCAAAACUUGGAAAGAAACAACAAAAAACUAAAAAUCCGAAAAAAACCCCAAAAAUUUUUGAAACAGUGAAAAAUCUUCCAGAUAAUGGUCAAAAACUGCGCCAAAACCUGCGACGCUUGCGAUGAAUUCGCGCGACUUCCGCGUCGCGCGCGAUGCCGCGACGCUUUCAAAAGGUACCUUUCUCGAUUUAUUCGUGUUCGCGAAUGUUGUGAGUUUUCCUGUAAAGCCCGAAAUUAAUUCUAGGCCUAAUUUUUUGUGAAAAAAAUUUUUUUUAGCUGUUCCAGCUGGUCUCGAAACGGUUUCUGUCACCAAACCUACUAUACAAUAGAUGAGCGAAAGAAUUUCUGUCGAAAAAGUUGCAAAACUUGUUGA